CCCUUGGCCCUCUCUGCAGCGCGCACGGGGGAAGCCUUUGAAACGCGCGCCACAACGGCACUCGUCGCAUGGAGCAUGCGCAUCGAUCGCGGUAUCGUAAGAACUCGCGCGGGGACUGCCGGGAAGGCGGCUGCCCGAUAAGAAUGCAGCGGAGACGGCACUCGUGGUUCUUUUGCGGGGCGCGGGCCUGGGGAGGCGCUGGUGGGGCGUGGCCCGUCUAGGUCUCUGUCCGAGCGUGCUACGGAGCUGGGGGAAAAGCGUCUUUGUAUUGUGUCUGCAUGAAAGAGUGCUCUUGUUGUUCGCUUGUGGGACUAUCUGCGCGCCUUGCUUUCUGCGCUUUAUGCAUUCUGUUAUCGCCCGAAAGAUUGUGUCGGUUGAUGGUUUGUAGCGGCCGUUCUUUCGUCGCUCCCUUUGGCUUGUAUAUUUUGUUGCUUCGCUGUUUUGCUGCUUGCUUCUUUGCUUUUGCUGCUUUUUGCUGCUUUGCUUAUUUACUGCUUGCUUCUUUGCCUUGUUUUUUUUCUGCUAUUGGCCGCGAGGCUGCGGUAAUUUUGAGUGUUACAUUCUAUCGUAAAUUAAAACGGUUUUUGUUCUUUGCGCCACUGGUCCUCUGUCGUGCUGGUAGCGGCUCGCGGACCCCCCUGAGCGAAGGCGAGGGGCCUUCAUCUGGCGCCCAACGUGGUUUUCUUUUUUUUUUUCUCGUUUUUUUUUUUUGUUCGUUCUGGCGUACGCUUCCGUACCGCAGGGACCACGAGCACGGGAACAAGGGAACCGCCCCCAUCUCGAGGCAGCUGGCCAUCCCCCCUAGGCCUACUUGUUUCGCUCCGACAUCAGGUCCCACAGCUCACGCAUCUGUACCCAACGCCUCUGACUCGCGUAAGCUCGCUGAACGUUUUUAUUCUACAUCUCGAUCUCCUUGCCCCCCGCUAUUCCGCGCCAUCCUGCCUCCGCAGAACCGCUUGACGUUGCUUGACCAUUUCGUCGGACCGCUUUGCCCGUCCAAUUUCAACACCAAACAUGCACCGCCGGCAUUUUAAUGCACCUACGUUCGGGUAAAGUCAAGAAGGGCGCGGUUGAAAAUCAUACUCGCCGAACCACUAGUACGAUGCCUGAUAAAAAGGACCAGGGCGCGCCCGCACAAGAUAUGUCCAGCAUCAUUGCCCACCUGACCGCGCUGCUCGAGCAUCAAGCAACCAUAACCUCAGCAUCCAGUUUCCGUUUGCAGCUCGCUGUGCCUACAUAUGAAGGCCACACAGAUAAGAAAUCGGUGGCGGAUUUCCUUCAGGAAAUGGAAGAUUACCGCAAUGCGGAAGCCAUUACUGAUGACGUUCUUCUUCAGCGUGUUUUGCCCGUCGCACUGACUGGGUCCGCCGCCCGCUGGCGUCGUCGCCAGUCAUUCCAAAGUUGGGCGCACUUUGAGCAGCUACUGCGAGCAGAAUUCCUUCCCCCCGACUACGUUGUCCGCAUGAAAGACGAGCUUCGCGCCCGUAGUCAGGCGGAGGAGGAAAGCCUCCAAGAAUACAUACGGUCCUUUCAGGAGCUUUACGAGCGCGCAGACCCUUCAGCACCCGAAACAGAAAGAGUCACCCGCGCAAUCCGGCAAGCUCACCCACGCUUUCAGGCUUAUCUAAGGGGCCGUACCUUCUCUUCCCUUGAUGAUCUCGCUAAAGCGGCGUCCGAUAUUCAGGCGGCGAUGUUGGCCGAGCUCACUUACCAGCCUCCACCCCCACCUCAAGCCUCCCUCGAGCCGUCUUGCGCGUGGCGCGGUUCUCCAAUUGCAAGCCCGGGGAAUAUGGUACCGCCACCAAGGGCGCUGGAUCCAUUCUUUCACCGCACCUUUGCCACCCAGGUAGCUUUCCGGCCUCCGGUCCUGGAACCUGCAACAACGUUGCGAGGCACUCGGGGCCGCCGCAGGCCUGCAGCGGCUGCCGCCCAAUCAGGCGCAGAUGAUACACGCAGGAACAUUCCAGUCUGCUUCCAGUGUGGAGGACGAGGCCACUACAAGAGCCAGUGCCCGAGCCCCCCUGGCUCCCGCCAGCAGGGAAACGACGAGGGCCGGCGGUGGUGAGCAGCUC